CAGCACUGCAUAGUGGAUCAAGUGUUGUAUCCAGUGGGUGCAGUCAAUUGGAUUGGACUAGGUUGGACUAGGGCCCCUUCCACACAGCGGAAUGAAAUCCCACAGUAUCGGCCUUGAACUGGGAUAUAUGGCAGCAUGGACUCAGAUAACACAGUUCAAAGCAGAUAUUGUGGGAUUUUCUGCCUUGAUAUUCUGUGUUAUAUGACUGUGUGGAAGGGUCCUAGGAUUCUGGAAGAUCAGGGUUCAAAUCCCCACUCGGCCAAGGAAGCUCCCUGAUACUCAGUUCUUUUUUGUCACAAUUGUAUUUUAAAAACCCUCCUAUGACAAACACAAACAUUCUGAAUUUACUUCUUCACAGUAACAAGACCUACAAAAAUAAUUUUAAAGAUACCUCUAGAAUAGUGAUUCCCAACCUAUCAUUCUCUAAGUGUUUUGUACUUCAGCUUGUUGAAGUCCAAAACAACGGAAGGACCAAAGGUUAGGACUUUCCCUCUCCCUCCUUUUUUAUCGACUGCAGAUUACUACUUCUAGGGCCCUUUCCAGACAGCUGAAUCAAAUGCCACAUCUGCCUUGAACUGAAAUAUAUGGCAGUGUGGAUUCAGAUAACUCAUUUCAAAGUAAAUACUGUGAGAUUUUCUGCCUUGAUAUUCUGGGCCGUGUGGAAUGGCCCUAGGUGUGCAGUUGUUAACCUUCAACCAGUAGAGGGACUCAGUUCACCAAAUUACAAAGCUUCUUAUUAUAUUCUCUUACUAAUACUGCAAUGCACUAAUAUGCUUAAUACAGUAGAGUCUCACUAAUCCAAGCCUCGCUUAUCCAAUCCUCUGGAUAAUCCAAGCCAUUUUUGUAGUCAAUGUUUUCAAUAUAUCGUGAUAUUUUGGUGCUAAAUUCGUAAAUACAGUAAUUACAACAUAACAUUACUGUGUAUUGAACUACUUUUUCUGUCAAAUUUGUUGUAUAACAUGAUGUUUUGGUGCUUAAUUUGUGAAAUCAUAACCUAAUUUGAUGUUUAAUAGGCUUUUCCUUAAUCCCUCCUUAUUAUCCAAGUUAUUCGCUUAUCCAAGCUUCUGCCGGCCCGUUUAGCUUGGAUUAGUGAGACUCUACUGUAACUCUAUAUUAACUCUGUAUAUUCAUUGUUGUUGACAGCCUGUGUAAUGCCAGUACACUCUCUUGUGUAUGGUAUGCUGAAUGCUUUAUGAUUUUUGGCACACAGAAAUGCUUCUCCUUGGGGAUAUAGAGUGGGAUAUAAACAAAGUUAUUAUUGUUAUUUUUACUGCUACUAUUAUUACUAUUAUUAUCUCAGGCUAUCUGCUAUGGUACUGAUAGUUCCCCCCUAAUAUACCAAGACCUGGUACCAUCUUCACACCCACUGGAUACAAAUAUUCCUUCCUUUCCUGAAAACUCAGUGGCAGCCCAUGCUUCGUGGAUCAGGACCACUCCAUGGAUCACCUUUUUUUUUAUAAGCCAAGGACAUACACUUACUGCCUCUUAUCAAAAGAUUGCAUUACACCAAAGUGUUCAAAAGCUGGGCAUUUUAGGAAUGCCUAUCAAUGAAAUUUUCCUUAAAACCCCAAAUUUCUAUCACUGCAAUAUCUACAAAUAAAAGUUUAUGCACUCCAAGAAAAGGAGAAGGCAGGCAACAUUAACAUUAAUAUGUACAUUAUUUUCAAUGUCUCAGUUUCUUAAAGGCUAGAAAUUUGAGAACUGAAGGAAAUUUUCAUUUAGGAGGCCAGAGUCCUCAUCAUCAUCCCAACUACACUUCGGCACACUGAAACUGAAGUGUAUGUCUACUCCAGAAAUAUACUCCAGUUUCAGUCUCAUUUUCUCAUCAAAGUUAGGAACAACUUUGUGCAACCCAGUUAUUGCAGUAUGAAGACAGAAAAGUAGCCUAAGGUUAAUCAAAUGUGGCUAUUUCCUGUAGAUUCAGGGAAAUGUGUGUUAAUCAAAUGUUAGAUUCCUCAUUUUUACCCCACCCUUCCAAGACUGCUCAAGCUUGACUUCAGAUGUUAUAUACAUUGUUUAAAAGCAACCAGACUGAUUUUAAAACCCAGAAGAUCCCAGAUUUUAUUCCUGUCCUUUCCAAUUUUAUUUCAGAGUUCCAAAAAAUGCAGAAACAUACCGGUAUCUGAGAUUUUAAAAUUUGGGUGCUCUCUUAGCUGUUUAUACAAGAAAUGUUAUGGGUAGCUUGGCCAUCAGAUGGUGAUCUAGAGUCAUUCUGGGAAGUCGUAUUUCCUGACCGUAUGCUGACUUGUCCUAUAGUAACCCCUGAUUAGACAACUUGAGACAGCUCUCUAUCGUUUUUGUAUCCACAUAGCAUUUCAAACCUGUUUUUCAUCCAUAGGUUUCACACACUCAUGUGGCCAAAUAGUUUACAAAUAUAAAUACAUUUAGCGAAUGAAAGCAAUUGCUUUACUUUGUCACUAAAUCAAGAGACCACCUAAGUUAGAUGUUGAUGGAGAUAUUAUUCUCACUCUUCUAAUGUUAUUUCAGAAGCCGACUGCUUUUCCCAGCUGAAGUUGACUGAUAAUCAUGAUUUUAAUCCUCCUAUGCAUGGUACUUGCUGGUACCACCUCCCUUCCCUGUCUUUGAAGAGUUGUUUUGGAAAAGAGCUUAGCAGCAAGAUUAGAGGCAGCAAGGGUCUUACAGACCACACCAUAAGCAAGCCUAUAUGUUAACUGUGGAAUUAACCGUUUUCUAUUUGGGAAGCAUAAACUAAAAUAGAUCUAUAUACUGGAUCAGAUCCAAAAAUGUGUGACUUUAUAGUAAUUUGACACAAUGCUUGGCUCUUGCUAUGUAAGGAAACUCAUCAGAACCACCGUUGGAUUCAAAACAAGCACAGUUGUGACCCUACAAGCCUGCAGGAGCAUUGGUUUUCUUUUCAGACAUGAUAAAGAGCAGAUUCCCUUAAAUCCUGAAACCAACUUGGCCAAUAGACUUAUGGGUUCGUCUAUAUAUGCUUGGCUGCCCAUGCUUUGCUUCUUGGCACACAUGUCAAUAGAUGGGUCCAAAUUCAAACUCCCGACAUUACAGCCAUUCAAUUGUAUUUUUACUGUUUGAAGUGAAAUAUAAACUAGCAAACUUUUCAUGCAAAGGGUGGUUGUUGGAUCUUUUCUGGCAAUGGUACAACAUCCUUCACCACACCUGAGUUUAGCAACAUAACUUAAGGACAGACCCUACAGCAUCCAUUGUAGUAUCUUACAUCUUUCUGCUGUUCCUACAACACUUGCACUUGAAACAAAGCCACCUCUGUAAGCCCAACAGAAGAAAAAGAAAUGUCUGGCCCAUCAGAUGCUGCUGGACUAUAGCUUUCCUCAGCCCUAGGCAACAAAGUGAAUGGUGAAGGAUGGUGGAUGCUGGAGUUCAACACAUGUUACUCAAAUGUUAUCAUUCCUAGACUUUAAAAAUUCUUACAAGCUGUGCUUUCUUUUUUUCCAAGGGGAUUCUAUGAAUUUGUGAUAAGAGAAAACAUCCUGCAGAAACUCCACCAGCAUCUUUCAUAUUGAUAUUAUACAAUCCAAAAGCAGUUCAAGAAUGUCUGGCAGAAAAUAGUCAUGCUUUGAGGAUGUGUUCAAGGAUAAUGCUUUAAUUUAAUACAUCUCUUGCUGUAGCAUUUCCCUGUGUGAGUUUUCUCUUCUCCUUAAUCAGCAACAUCUGAUUUAAAAUUGGAGGACAUUCUUUUACUAUGUGGACAGCUGACCCCUUUACAACAGGUGUCCCUGGUCAAGAAUUAGUGUGUUCCAAAUCAGAGAAAUGAGUCAUUAUAUUUAAAUGUGAAUUUGAAUAUGAAUCCAAUUGAGAUGAAAAUGUAGAGCUUAGUUAACAGACUGAAUAACAUCACUUUAAAUGUUUAGUGCAUGCAUGUAAUUUCCUAUACAGGCAGUCCCCGGGUUACAAACAUCCAGCUUACGAAUGACUCAUAGUUAAGAAGAAGGGUGAGACAACAGGCAAUGAGAGAAAUCUACCCCUCGGAAGGGAAAAUCACUCCUGAAAGGGUUAUCAUGGGAAAAAGGUAUCUCCACUGAAGCUUCAUUACCAAUUCUUGUUUCCACGACAAUUUUUUCAAAAUCCAAUUCAGGGACAGAAAUUGAGGUGAAAUCUUCUGAAUAGAGACACAGGCAGCAAAACAAACACCACAGGGGUGUUAACUCUUCCCUAUGCUAUCCAGUGUGUGUGCACUCUGAAUAGCAAGGGAAGGGUUAACACCUCUGUGGUUGUUAUAUAUGGCUGGAGUCAGAUUUUAAAGAUGUACAUGUUACAGCUUACAUACAAAUUCAAUUUAGAAACAAAGUUACAGACCCUAUCUUGUUUGUAACUUGCCAAUAUUUUUCUUCUAAGUCUUAUUUUUAUUACCCUGCAAUAUUUAUUAUCAAAUGCUGGAAAAUAUGCUUCUUCACAAUUAUUUCUUGGAACCAAGCACAGGACUAUGGCAGAAUAAUAUAUUUAGAAUUUCAGCCAUAAGUAAUUGCAGUACUAGGGCCAGGAACUGAAUAUGCUGGUUUCAAAAGGGAGAAAGUUAUUCUAGUUAUCUCAUAGAGCUUAACCUAAGGUCCCUUCCACACAGCUUUAUAAAAUCCAUAUUGAACUGGAUUAUAUGGCAAUGUGGAUUCAGAUAACCCAGUUCAAAACAGAUCUUGUGGAUUAUCUGCCUUGAUAUUCUGGGUGAUGUGGCUGUGUGGAAGGACCCUCACAUCUUUUCAAAGUGCAAAUAUUUAUGCAUGCUCUGCCAGUGGAUGAUUCAGGCAGUGUUUAAAGAUCUACCAUAAAGAUGGAGUCAAGGCCCAUUACCCAAAAUGAACUAAUCAGAGUACCCACAGCAUUGGUCUUUGCUGCAUUAGGUGAGGUCACAUGGCCUGUGUUUCCUUUAAAAUAUAGAAGAGGCACUAUCUUUCCCCCCCUAAUGUCCACUCUUUGCUUUCUGUUACCUAUCUCUGGAGUGCUUUUAAACUGUAUGGUAUGCAAGAUGUGUGAACGAUUUGAAGGAACCUGGGAGCUUAUGUCUGAUUGUAAAGAUGACGGAGGAUUAAAUGUGACAUUUUAUGCACCUAGAGAUGUGGAUAUUAUACCUUCAUAUGAUGUGGAUAUUACAAGAAGGGAUCUUAAGCGUUUUAUGAAGCCUAGAAUAACUAUCCGUGCAGAAGGUAUUUGGCUGAAUAUCACAACAGAGAACGCUGUCAAAAAAUCAGAGAUCUCCUUCAAGCUGGGCCAAGAGUUUGAAGAGACUACGGCAGAUAACAGGAAAACCAAGAGUAUUGUGACCAUAGAGAAGGAUGGCUCUCUACUUCAUGUGCAGAACUGGCAUGGGAAACAAACUUUAAUAAGGAGAAAGCUGGUAUAUGGCACUAUGGUGGAGGGCAACAAGAUUGAAGCUUUCUCUCUUCGAUGCACAAUUGUUUGAACUCUGUCUUCCAUGAGGUGGAAAAUUUUAUCUAUUGAAUAAAGUCCUUACUCAGAGGAGUCCUGCCAGGAAAAACAACAAUGCAGAACCUCAUUCCUGUCCAAGCUUUUUUUUGUCCCAAGGGCCACGUUAACAGGAGCUGUUUGCCAUGAAGAAUAAUAGGAUAAUUUCCCCCUAUAACAGCACAGCUGUAUAACAGAGAUCUCAUUUCCCUUCUAAAAAAAAAGAUAAGAUAAGCAAGAGUCAGAGGGAAGAGGCAGAAAAGCAGAGUAGGGUUGGUGGGAGGGAGGAGGAACGAGGGAACAAAGUUCAGAUGGAUCAUUUCCUUUUGAAAAUGAGAGAAAGGUUCAUGGAUAUGAUACUUCUCAUGGGCUGUUAUACUAUUUCAUGUUAAAGUUAUGUUUCUCUUACUCAGUUUUAGCAAGAGAACAUAUGUUCCUCAACUCAACAUGUAAAUUGAGCAAAACACACAAACAGACAAACUCGGGCAUCAAAUUACACAGAUGAUGCAUUUUUCAUUUUAAAAAUAUCAGGCAAAUGUGACCAAAGAGAAGUAUGGCCAUAGCAAAAAAAGAAAGAAAAAAAGAGUUCCUGCACCAUUAUUAAGAAUUCAAAAGAGAGCAUUUCAACACCUGUAACUUGUAUAUAAACUUGCAUCUCUUGA